UUUGUUUCCGAAGGCGGAGGAGGCUCUGAGCCCCCCCUCCCCGUCCCACCCCCUCCCCCCCGGGUGCUGGCUCCAUGUCUGUGUGACCGGCCCCAGGGGUAGAGUCCAGGCCCGACGCGGGGCGGGCCGGCGGCGGCGGCGGCUGAGGUGAGAGACGGCGGCGGAGGCGGCGCGGGCACCCGGCCCCCCAGCGGGAGGAUGAAGCGGCGGAACGCCGACUGCAGUAAGCUCCGCCGCCCCCUAAAGCGGAAUCGGAUCACCGAGGGCAUCUACGGCAGUACAUUUUUAUACCUGAAAUUCCUGGUAGUGUGGGCACUUGUCCUCCUGGCAGAUUUUGUCCUGGAGUUCAGAUUUGAAUACCUGUGGCCGUUUUGGCUUUUCAUCAGGAGCGUCUAUGAUUCCUUCAGAUACCAGGGACUGGCCUUCUCAGUAUUUUUUGUUUGUGUAGCUUUCACAUCAAAUAUAAUAUGUCUGCUGUUCAUCCCCAUACAAUGGCUCUUUUUUGCUGCUAGCACCUAUGUAUGGGUUCAGUAUGUAUGGCACACAGAAAGGGGAGUGUGUUUGCCCACAGUGUCGCUCUGGAUACUCUUUGUUUAUAUUGAAGCAGCAAUUAGGUUUAAAGAUCUCAAAAAUUUUCACGUAGACCUUUGUCGUCCAUUUGCUGCUCACUGCAUUGGGUACCCUGUGGUGACUUUGGGCUUUGGCUUCAAAAGUUAUGUAAGCUACAAAAUGCGGUUAAGGAAGCAGAAGGAAGUGCAAAAAGAGAACGAAUUUUACAUGCAGCUUCUUCAACAAGCUCUCCCCCCAGAGCAACAGAUGCUACAGAAGCAAGAAAAAGAGGCCGAGGAAGCAGCCAAAGGAUUGCCUGAUAUGGAUUCCUCGAUCCUUAUACACCACAACGGAGGUAUCCCAGCCAACAAAAAACUCUCCACAACUUUGCCAGAGAUAGAAUACCGAGAAAAAGGGAAAGAAAAGGACAAGGAUGCCAAAAAACACAACCUUGGAAUAAACAACAACAAUAUUCUACAACCUGUAGACUCGAAAAUACAAGAAAUUGAGUAUAUGGAAAACCAUAUCAAUAGUAAAAGAUUAAAUAAUGAUCUUGUGGGAAGUACAGAAAAUCUCUUGAAAGAGGACUCAUGCACUGCUUCCUCAAAAAAUUACAAAAAUGCCAGUGGAGUUGUGAACUCCUCACCUCGCAGUCAUAGCGCCACAAAUGGGAGCAUUCCUUCCUCAUCUAGUAAAAACGAGAAGAAGCAAAAAUGCCCGAGCAAGAGCCCAAGUACACACAAGGACUUAAUGGAAAACUGUAUUCCUAAUAACCAGCUAAGCAAACCAGAUGCACUGGUAAGGCUGGAACAAGACAUUAAAAAGUUAAAGGCCGACCUGCAGGCCAGCAGACAAGUGGAACAGGAGCUCCGCAGUCAGAUCAGCUCCCUCUCCAGCACCGAGCGGGGGAUCCGCUCUGAAAUGGGCCAGCUCCGGCAGGAGAACGAGCUGCUGCAGAACAAAUUACAUAAUGCUGUGCAAAUGAAGCAAAAAGACAAACAAAAUAUCAGCCAGUUGGAGAAAAAGCUAAAAGCUGAGCAGGAAGCCCGAAGUUUUGUAGAAAAGCAAUUAAUGGAGGAGAAAAAAAGGAAGAAGUUGGAAGAAGCUACUGCUGCCCGGGCCGUUGCAUUUGCUGCCGCGUCUAGGGGGGAGUGCACCGAAACCUUACGGAAUCGGAUCAGAGAAUUAGAAGCAGAGGGCAAGAAGCUCACGAUGGACAUGAAGGUGAAAGAAGACCAGAUCAGAGAACUAGAACUGAAAGUUCAGGAGCUUCGGAAGUAUAAGGAAAACGAGAAGGACACUGAGGUGUUAAUGUCAGCCCUCUCGGCCAUGCAAGAUAAAACACAGCACCUGGAGAACAGUCUGAGUGCAGAGACGAGAAUCAAGCUGGACCUGUUCUCUGCACUGGGGGAUGCAAAGCGACAGCUCGAGAUCGCCCAAGGACAAAUUCUUCAGAAAGACCAGGAAAUCAAGGACCUUAAACAGAAGAUAGCUGAAGUCAUGGCUGUCAUGCCCAGCAUAACGUACAGUGCCGCCACCAGCCCCCUGAGCCCCGUUUCCCCCCACUACUCUUCCAAAUUUGUGGAGACCAGCCCCUCUGGACUUGAUCCCAAUGCCUCUGUUUACCAGCCCCUGAAGAAAUGAAGACCAGCUGCGGGUUUUGCCCAACCAUUUGGUUACCAGAAGGCACCACAAAGGAACGUCUCUGGCAGUCAAGAUAAAAAAAAAAAAAAAAAAAAGUUUAUAUUGUAUUUUGUGGGACUGUAUAUGUUGUCGUUUUUAAAAAGGGGGGGAAGAUAACAUCCAAGUCUGAUUAGAACUGCCCAUCAGUUUUUCUUGUAAAUUUUUAGAAGACCUCACAGAACUUUGCAGU